UAUAACCAGAACCAAAAGAGAGAGAGAGAAUCUAGAGUGAGAAAGAGAGAGAGAGAGAGAGAGAGAGAGAGAAGACGAACAAGAAGAAGAGGAAGAGGAGGGAGCUUCUCUGCAAACUCACCCUCUUCUUAUUCAAUUCUUUUGAAUUCGGAUUCAAUUCAGGUGGAUCAGGAUAUUGGCUUUUUGUGUGCUGUAGAAUUGUCCAAGCAGAGGAUUUUAACAUGUUGGAGGGUCCAUCAUAUCUUGUUUCAAGAGAAUUGCCGAGCUCGUGCGAGCAGGAAAGCAAGUGGAUAUACAAUACUUUCCGGUUGAUUGAACUCUCAAGUAAUAAGCGCAAACUAGAAGAUGGAGAAGAUAACACAUUGAGAAAGUUAAGUAAGUUAUCAGUAGCUCUUAAAGGAGAGGAAGCAUGUAGAGAUGGUAGUGAUUUUAACCAAACGCAAAAGUACCAAUUUGAUGGCCAGCACCAAGCAGGGGAUCCUUCCGAUGUUCAUAAUUUUUUGGAUGCCCAAACUGACCUAUCAAAUGGUCAGCAUCAAGCUGGGCAUUACUCUGAUGAUAUUAAUGCCUUUUCCAAUGCCCAAACUGACCAAUCAAGUGACAAGCAUCAGGUAGGGGAUCAUUCUGAUAUUAAUGGUUUUCCCGACGCACAAAAUGACCAAUCAAGUGACCAGCAUCAAGCACAGGAUCACUCUGGUAUUAAUGAUUUUUCUGACGCUCAGAUUGACCAAUCACAUGACCAGCAAGCAGGGGAUGGUUCUGAUAUUUAUGAUUUGUCGCAUGCCCAAAUUGACCAAUCAAAUGACCAUCAUCAUGGAGGAGAGCACGCUGAUCUUAGCUCACUUAUCCACCAACUUGGUAGGGAUAUUUCAAUCAACUGUCUUCUACGCUGUCCGAGGUCUGAGUAUGGCUCAAUUGCUUCUUUGAAUAGGAGUUUCCGUUCUAUUAUUCGUGGUGGAGAGCUCUACAAGCUGAGGAAGAAGAUGGGUAUUGUGGAACAUUGGGUUUACUUCUCUUGCACCCUCCUUGAAUGGGAGGCAUAUGAUCCAAAUCACAAUCGCUGGAUGCAUUUGCCUAGGAUGACUUCAAAUGAAUGCUUCAUGUGUUCAGACAAGGAAUCGUUGGCUGUUGGUACAGAACUACUUGUUUUUGGGAAGGAAAUAACUUCCCAUGUUAUUUAUAGAUAUAGCAUUUUGACAAAUUCAUGGUCAUCAGGCAUGAAAAUGAAUACCCCUAGGUGCUUAUUUGGCUCUGCUAGUCUAGGGGAAAUUGCAAUUUUGGCUGGUGGUUGCGAUCCACGUGGCAAUAUAUUGAGCUCUGCAGAGCUUUAUAAUUCAGAAACAGGAACUUGGAGGACUCUUCCGAGCAUGAAUAAACCUAGAAAAAUGUGCUCUGGGGUGUUUAUGGACGGGAAGUUUUAUGUUAUUGGUGGAAUAGGUACUGGAAAUCCAAGGUCUCUUACAUGUGGGGAAGUAUUUGAUCUUGAGACUGAGACUUGGACUGAAAUACCUGACAUGUUCCCUUCACGGAAUGGAGAGGAUGGGGUGAUUGGGACUCCUGCUGCAGCGGAGGCACCUCCUCUUGUUGCAGUUGUGAAGAAUACAUUGUAUGCUGCAGACUAUGCCGAAAAGGAGGUAAGGAGAUAUGACAAGAAGAAUAAUGAGUGGAUAACCAUUGGGAGAUUGCCUGAGCGAGCAGUCUCAAUGAAUGGAUGGGGUUUGGCAUUUAGAGCUUGUGGAGAUCGAUUGAUUGUUAUUGGUGGACCAAGGGUCCUAGGGGGAGGGAUAAUUGAGCUUAAUGCUUGGGUUCCCAAUGAAGAGCCACCUCAAUGGAACCUGCUUGCCAGUAAGCAAUCUGGAAGCUUUGUGUAUAACUGCACGGUAAUGGGAUGUUGAGGUGUCCAAUUUUGUGAUGCUAUCUGUGUGCUGCGUGGAGUCCUUUCUGAGUGGAAUUUACAGUCUUCGCUUUUCAAGGAGAUGGGGUUCCAGCUCAUGGGUAAUCUCUGCCCUCCCCUUAUUGGAAAAUUUCAGGUUUAAUUUAGCCUUAGAAACAUUUACAAAAGGGGGCCUGGAGGUUUAAUUUCCUCUCUUCAUUUUUUUCACCUUUGUUGUGUUGCAUCUUUCUUUUCUUAUGAGGGCUUUUCAAAAGUUGGGUAUUAUGUAGAACAGGCACAGGUGAAUAAACUCAUGUACUGUUAAAUGUUUAGGUUGUGAUGACUAUUUUCAUAAGUUCUAUUGAAACAUUGCAGAAUUGUGUAAUGGUUUAUAAUCUCUAAUGUGCAUUAUAUUAUUGAAGCCU